AUGAACAUUGCUGCUCUUUUAACUUCUGCCGGAAUUAAUAUCGUUGUGUGUUGCGUACUCUUUUCACUUUAUUCCAUUUUAAGAAAACAACCUAGCAAUGUUAAUGUAUAUUUCGGAAGAAAACUAGCCAAUCGCAGUUUGAAAGACCUUGAUCUUUCGUUCGAAAGAUUUGUUCCGUCUCCUACAUGGGUUAUGAAAGCAUGUGAUACAACUCAAGAGGAGCUUCUUGAUAUUGGGGGUGUGGAUGCCGUGGUUUUUAGUCGGAUGCUCGUCUUCAGUAUUCGAGUAUUUUCUGUUGCUGCUAUCAUCUGCACAAUUUUAGUGCUUCCAGUGAAUUAUUAUGGUCAUGACAGGAUACGUAAAGACCUACCUUUUGAGUCACUAGAAGCUUUUACCAUUGAGAAUGUCCAGCAAGGAUCCAGAUGGCUGUGGACUCAUUGUCUUGCACUAUACAUCAUAUCAUUGACAACAUGCUCACUUCUUUACUUUGAAUACAAGAGCAUUACUAAUUUAUGCCUAAUGCAUAUCACUGGAUUGCCUCCAAAACCAAGUCAGUUUACGAUUCUUGUCCGAGGAAUACCUUGGUCCCCUGAGAAUUCAUACUGUGAAGCUGUGAGGAAGUUUUUCACAUAUUACCACCCAACAACAUAUUUGUCACACCAAAUAGUGUAUAAGUGUGGUGCUGUUGAGAAGAUAAAGGAUGAUGCAGAAUAUAUAUGUAAGAUGUUGGGUGAUGGCGUGGAACAUAGUUGUAAGCCAAGCAUUGUGCAAUGUUACUUUUGUGGAGGAACCAAUAGUUUUAAGAUUAUUGCUAAUGAAACGGAUAGUAUACAUUCGAGAACAGGCUUAACCGACGUGCAUAUAAUUGCAAGAAAAAAGGAAUGUGCAGCCGCCUUCGUGUUCUUUAAGACUCGGUAUGCUGCUCUUAUGGCUGCUCGGAAUCUUCAAGCAUCAAAUCCUAUGUUAUGGGUCACAGAACAAGCUCCUGAACCACGUGAUAUUUACUGGUCCAACCUUUGCAUACCUUACAAGCAACUUUGGCUUCGAAAGAUAUUUACAUGGGUGUCUUCUUUCACCUUCGUGUUACUAUUUCUCAUCCCUGUUACAUUUGCACAAGGCUUGACUCAAUUAGACAAGCUUGAGAAAAUGUUCCCUUUCUUGACAGAUAUACUUCAAAAGAAAUUUAUUGUUCAACUGGUGACUGGUUACUUUCCAAGUGUGAUUUUGGUUUUAUUUUUAAUUGGUGUUGGACCAAUGAUGAUGUUACUUUCAGCAGUGGAGGGGCCAAUUUCUCGUAGUAGUAGGAAGAGAAGUGCAUGCUACAAAGUUUUGUAUUUCACUAUUUGGAAUGUUUUCUUUGUCAAUGUUUUUGCCGGGUCUGUUAUCAGUCAACUCUCGGUGUUUACAAGUAUAACAGAACUACCUUCCCAACUGGCAAAGGCAGUUCCAACGCAGGCUACGUUCUUCACAACAUAUGUUUUAUCAUCAGGGUGGGCAAGUCUAGCUUUUGAGAUUAUACAACCGUUUGCUCUUUUUUGUAACAUAUUCCAAAGACUAGUACUCUGCUCUGGGCAAGAUUCUUAUAAUGGCACCCUAACUUUUCCUUACCAUACAGAAGUUCCAAGAAUAUUGCUAUUUGGAUUUCUAGGGUUCACAUGUUCUAUUCUUGCUCCCCUGAUACUUCCGUUUUUACUGUUCUACUUUUUCCUCGCAUACAUCGUAUACCGUAACCAGAUUCUCAAUGUUUAUAUUACAAAAUACGAUGGUGGCGGACAAUUAUGGCCUAUUGCCUUCAACACAACGAUCUUUUCAUUAGUUGUGGCACAAGUUAUUGCACUUGGGGUAUUUGGAAUAAAACGAUCAUCAAUUGCAUCUGGAUUUACCAUUCCAUUGUUGAUUGGUACUUUUCUAUUUAACCAAUAUUGUAGGCAACGGUUUCUUCCAGUAUUUAAGAACAAUGCAGCACAGGUUUUUAUCGACAUGGAUCACAGAGAUACAAAUAGUAGAAGGAUGGAUGAGAUUUAUGAUCAAUUGCAUUCAGCAUACUCCCAAUUCAGUUCUAACUCCCCUCAACCUGGAUGUUUUGGUUAUCCAGGAGACAGAGAGCGUGCUCAGAAUCGUCCGGUCCCAUUUGAUAUGGAGAGAGACAAAGAAUCCGUCAAACAAGAUAUAUCAUGGGCAAUUCAUCGAUAG